AUGGCUGCCGGGCGCUCCCGACCAGCCGCAUCUCCCGGGGCGCAGCGCCUGCUUCCAGGGUUCGGGACCGGCGGGUACGCCAGGUCUCCCGGGCCCCAGGUGCCGACCGCGCGCUCCGCCGCCCACCGCCCUGGCACCGGCCCGUACCGCCCUCUGCGGACUGUGCCGCGCAAGCGUCCUGGAGCCGCGGCGCUCUUGGCCCACCCGGCUCCCCGUACUGCCGGCUCCCGACUGACACGUUUCUUGGGGGCGUGA